AUGGCCAAAGCCGGCGGUAAAAACAACGGCGGGGUCCAAAACAGGGCAAUCUACUCCCGCGUCUCCUUCCUCCAGCAAGCCACCGUUUUUCUAUCUCAGCAGUCACACCCACGGUCACAAGCACCCGGACAACAACUCAAGGUCCCUUCCAGCCCCGCCCUAGAAGGCAUAUCCCGCCGUCUGGCUACCGACCUCCGCUCCGUGUCUCUCAAGACCCGAAUCCGUCUCAGCCCUGCCGUGAAGCGGACCAUAUGCAAGUACUGCGACUCGGUUCUCAUUGACGGAUCAACAUGUACCACAUCAAUUGAAAAUAGGAGUAAAGGUGGACGCAAGCCGUGGGCGGAUGUCAUGGUAAGGAGGUGUCAUGCGUGUAAGAAGGAGAGGAGGUAUCCCAUUGAUGCGAAGAGGACGAAGAGGAAGACGGAACGGGGAGUAAAAGGAGAAGUAGAAGCGGCUGGGGAUGCUAUGGAUGUUGAUGUCCCUUCUGCUGGCGGCAAGGGGAAGGGCCAGAAACAGCAGGGCCAGAAACAGCAGGGCCAGAAACAACAGGGCCAGAAAUAA